AUGAAGUGGGCUUGCCUCCUCUUUCUCCUCGGAUACCUGCUCGUGGCUGAAGGAGUUCUACCUGCUGUGGCCACCAGACAAUUUCGAGAUGUGAUGAGUCAAGGAAGAAAAUCUUCUCAUAACGAAUUCCAUGGCAGGCUAAAUAGCUGGUCUCCUGAUCACAAUAACUGGAAUGACAAGCUUUAUCCUUACUGGGAAAAAGGAGACCGCAGGUGGAAAGACUGCUGGAAAGGGGGAAGAGUAGUAGCCAAUUUGACCAGUGACAGCCCAAGCCUGAUAGGAUCCAAUGUGACCUUUCGUGUGAAGCUGAUUUUUCCUAGAUGUCAAAGAGAAGAUAAUGACAGCAAUAUAGUAUAUGACAGAAAGUGCAUAAAUGGCUCUUCAGGCUAUUCAAACCUUCCCGAUCAAUAUGUUUAUAACUGGACUGCAUGGAUUGAUGAUUGCAGCUGGUCAAACUGCACAUACAACAACAGUCACAACGUGUUCCCAGAUGGGAGGCCAUUUCCCCACCAUCGUGACUGGAGAAGAAGGAAUUUUGUCUAUGUGUUUCACACUCUUGGCCAGUAUUACCAAAGGACAGGAGGUUCUUCAGCAAUUGUGUCUCUCAACACAACAAAUAUUACUCUUGGAAAACAAAUUAUGGAAGUGUCAGUGUACAGAAGGGGUUAUCGAUCAUAUGUACCAGUAAGCUCUGCAAGUGUGGUUUAUGUUGUAACAGACAAAAUCCCCUUCUAUGUGAAUAUAUCCCAAAAGAAUGACCGCAAUGCCUCAGACUUUAUCUUCAUCAAAGAUAUCCCAAUUACAUUUGAUGUCCAGCUUCAUGAUCCGUCCAACUACCUGAACCGCUCUGCUAUUUUCUACCACUGGAAUUAUGGAGACGGCAGUGGUGCAUUUGUUUCCAACAGUUCUACUUCAAUGCACACAUACACCCUCCUGGGAAAUUUCAGCCUUGACUUGUCUGUCCAAGCCAUUAUACCAAUACCUUGUGGGCCAGUGACACCAACACCACCCCUACCAACCCAGUCAGCAGUCACCACCCAACUGCCUUCUAAUAUGACAACUCAGACCACUGUCAGUUUCACAGACCUGCCAACAGGACAGACUCCCAGUGCUGGAUGCCAUAUUACUCGAUAUGGACCUUAUAAAUCAUCACUCUUCAUUGCAGAGGGGAUCCUUGGGGUAAAUAUUAUCCAAAUGACAACUGUCCAGGUGGAAACUUCUCAAGCUGAGAACUCUAUGGUUGAUUUUACAGUAACCUGUCAAGGGAGUCUCCCUACUGAUGCCUGUACCAUCAUUGCUGACCCGACAUGCCAGGUGUUGCAGAGUGAGGCAUGUGACCCAGUCGACCUUGCUGAGGAGUGCCUGCUGACCAUAAGAAGAGCCUUCAAUGAAUCUGGGACAUAUUGUGUAAACAUCACAUUGGGUGAUGCAACCAGCCUGGCUCUUACUAGUACUCUGAUCUCUAUCAGUGGGGCUCCAGGGCCAUUUUCAAGAACAGCAGAAGGUGUCCUGAUAGCCUGUGGUUUCUUGGUGGUCUUUGCUGUCGCCUUGACUUUCUUCCUUUACAAGCGAUAUAAAGAAUACAAACCUAUUGAGAGGAAAACAGGACAAGAGGCAACUAGUGAAGGAUUGAAUGUUUACUUCAACAAUGUCAAGGCUGUUUUCUUCCCUGCAAACAAUGAGAAAGAUCCUCUGCUAAAAAGCAAGCCAGGAAUUGUCUAACUCUUCAGUAUAACCUCUUAUAUUUGCAUAAACCUGGGCUUUACAUUGAACUGUAUUUCAAUGGAAGAAUACGUUAAGUAUUAAAAUUAUGUGUUUAGAUGGUGAGCUUGCAGUACAUGCAGGGAAGGGAAAUGGCUGUUCAAUUCAUAUGGAAAUAUAAAAUGGCAUCUUGUGGAGAA